AUGCCGCACACAGGCGUCCUCUUCAUCCCAUCCAGCCCCAGCGCCCCCAACAUCGUAGCACCGCUCACUGAGCGCCUGCGCGCCGUCUACGGCGACGAGGUCGUGCCCAUUGGCCGCUGGGGCGUCGAGCACAAACUGCUAAAAGACACGCCCUCAUGCCUACCAGCAUCAGCACACGCGCCCAACAAUCCGCCACCAAGGGCGCGCCACAUGCAGUUUCUGUCAACAACAACUUAUCCCAAGGUUGGGUUUAUUUAUGCUUCACAUGGUGGUGGUGAUGAUGCCACCACCACCACCCAACCUGAGGGUCAGACUUCGUCGCCGGGAAUGCUCAUGUCGGCCGUCCCCAUCGCUUCCUCGGCUGAGCUGUUUCGCCAUUUUGUGCGUUCGUGCGAGCCCAUCUGGUGUCAUCGGCAUACGGUCACGGUGACAGGCAACAUGUACGAUGUGGGCGACUUUCGUGUGCGUGUGGGCGAAGUGCGCCAGACGCAGCCGCAGGUGCGCGCGAGGGGGACGAUUAUGGAGGUUGAAUGGAAAGGCGUGUCGCUUAUUACCACUACGACUACUACAACAACAACAACAACUACUACUACUACUACUACUACUACUACUACAAACAAUCUCGAAGGGCAGGAAGAACCUAGUGUGGACAUCGACUACGUGCCCACAGAGGAAGAAAUCGACACAGAGUAUACCCAAAUCGCUCAAGUGAUUCGCGAAUUCUGGGGCAGAUUGGAAAUCGCCGACAAAACAGCUCGGGAAUCCAUCCUGGUUCCGGACGUUGGCCGAGAAGUGCGCCAAAAGCUACACCAACGACGACAACAACCAGCAGGCUGGGCCGAGAGGGAAAACAUACGGCGACGGAAAAGAUUAGAGGCUAUAGCACUGGACCGCAGCUGGGGAGGCACCACGGCGCCGCUGGAGAAGGAGGACGAUGUGGAUGCGGGCGUCGACCUGGCCAGGCAGUACAUGGAGCUUUUCCGCUUCAACCGAUGA